AUGAGUAGCGCUCACCUGGGCACGCUAUACGUGGGACGACUCUUUCUUGGCAUCUCAAAUGGCCUUUACCUAACAUAUUCAGCUACAUAUCUGGGAGAGGUUGCCCCUACCUAUUUACGUGGCUCUGCAGUGGGUCUUGUUACAUUCCAAACCUCAUUCGGCGCCUUGAUCGGGGUUCUUGUGGACAAUUACACGGCAAAAUACCAAUCACAAACCUCAUAUCUUAUUCCAUUGGGGGUGAUGUUCGUCGUUCCAGUCGCUCUAUCGGUCGGACUUUUAUUUCUCCCUGAGAGUCCACGACACUAUAUUCGAAUGGGGUUGGACGCGAAGGCAGAAAAUGCGAUUCGUAUCCUGCGCGGGAUAAACGACGCCGAUCGCCUCAUUGCCGAGGCUGCCAGUAUACGUGAAGCAUGGGUGAUCGAAAAUGCCCACAGUCAGACUGUGAGGCUUGUCGAUGCAUUUAAAGGGGACAACCUCAAGAGGACCGCACUUACUCUCUGCUGCAGUGUUGGCCAAACCGCGAGUGGUGUCAUAUUCUUCUCCGCCUUCUCGAUUUACUUCUAUGCCCAGGCAGGCGUGAAAAAUGAGUUUGUCUGGGUCAUGAUGAGUUUGGCAAUUGCUCUCACUGGCAACAUGGGUGCCUUUUUUGUUAUGCGAUUUGUUGAGCGACGGAUCCUAUUGAGUGCAUGUUCUAUCAUCAACGCCGCAAUCAUGUUCAUCAUUGCAGGCGUGUAUACAAGACUGAGUACUGGCUCCUAUCUAGCUGCACAGAUCCUUGUCGCAAUGGGGACAUUGUUCACUUGGGUGUAUGGAAUUGGGCAGGGGCCAGUACUGUGGGCUCUAACGGUUGAAAUUCCGUCCCAGCGACUACGCUCAAAGACAGUGGGACUUGCAACCGGCUGCAACUACUUGUUUGCAUGGGUUGCAACAUAUUCCGCGCCUUACUUCAUCAAUCCGGAGGCAUUGAAUUGGGGACCUAAGUACUGCUAUAUAUGGCGUGUGAGCAAUCUGCUACUAGGGAUCUGGGCGUUCUUGGUGAUACCGGAUGUUAAAGGAAAAAGUUUGGAGCAAAUUACUAGCUCGAUGAUACGAAAUUCUCAAGGUAAGGACGGGGAGGCUGUGGCAGCCACUGAACAUUGCGAGAAUGGACAUUGUGAAUAG